AUGGAUUCAUGGAGCUCUUGGCAAGUUUUCUCUCUUCUUUGCUUUAUUACCCUUAUCAGCACGACAGAUUGUCGUAUUUUCUCGCAUGUCCACGCUCGGAGCGUAAAUGGACCGGGAGCACAAUCUUUUGUUGACAGCUUGUUCAAAAAAUAUGGCACAAACAAAUCAAUGGACUUGAAGCAGUUUGAAGCUCUGUUAAAAGAACUUAAGGUUGGAUCCAUGCAAGCUGCAGAAUCAGGCCACGGACAUCAUGAAAGUCAUCAUGAAAGUGAAAGUGAAUCAUCACAUGGACACCAUGACAAAGAAGAAAUGGGAUCGGAUAAGGUAAGCCAACCAAGAACAUUAACGAUUAGGUACAGCUGGUUGGUCAGACCAGUUAAUGAGCCAUUCGCUAAACGCAUCUAUUAUUGAUCAGAAAUACCCAGUCAGAUCAGUACAUGCACAACAGUGGGUAAACACUAUUACAUCAUUAGUUUUCUACACAUUUUUAUAUUUUUCCUAUUUUUCUUGUACAUGUAAAUUGAUUGUGAAAACCCUAUUGGGAGAAUUAAUAAACAUACUGUAUUGUACUGGGGGAGGGGGGUAAGGAUGGUGGUAUUCAGCAUAAGCUCGAUCCCCCAAAAAGCCUGUUUGACUUUCAAAAUUAACUUACCAUCCCGCCAGUUCUGGCUUUCGGUAAACGCUGUUAAACAUUUCGAACUUUUUCGACGCCAUUUUUGGCGCAAAAGAGUAAAGAAGAGAGUUAUAUGAGGGCUUGGUAGCCAGGCGAGACGUUAACUGAAAAAAAAAUGGAGACUCAAGUUUUCAGUGGCCUUCGAAUGCAGAUUUAUUUCGGGUUUACGCUUACCCCUGCCAAAAAAAGUAACGUCUGCGUUAAGCCCCCAAAAAGGUUUCUGUGCCUGGAAAGUUGUCUACAUUCACAGGCCAAGAGUAAGCUUAUAAGGGUUUUUAAGUUUACUGCUCUUCGUAACACCAGACCAGGCCAAGAUAACGUUAUUAAGCUUAUAUAUUUCGCACAUCCUAACCCCUAAAGCCAUAUGGGAUUGUUUGGGCGGUCUAGCUCAUUUUAUAAUUUUUCUUUAACCCUUUCCGUUCUCAGUCAAUUACAUAUAGAGAAAAUCUUAUAACUUUUCAGUGUGUGAAUCAAUGGAACGGUAUUAAAGUACUUUCAAUUGUAAAAAUCCUUUUUUACGCAUUGAUGAAAGGAAAGUUUUUACAUUGACUCAUAUUUGAAUCAAAAGGGAUAAGCUAUAAUCUCUAAAAGCUUCUAUGAAAGCUUGUGUUAAGUAUUUUUUUAAAGUUCGGCUAGUGUAAUCAUUUCGCUGUUUAGACUGUGCUUAAUGUUUAUCACUUAAAACAAACAACAUCUUCUACGGUUUUGUAGAACGAGUUAAGACGCGUAGAUUACAGACCAGCUGAGACUUCGAAUUUCCUAGUAGACUCAACUCAAUAUGUGUCUGAAUCCAUCAUACGUGACAGUUUUUGACUAGGAAUACCUAUUUAUUUUAGUUUCGAGAAUCUAUUUUUACAAAUCUGUACCUCCGCCUGGUAUAAAAGAGUUAUUUCGAAGAAGGAUUUUUCGAGCCGCAUGGCAGGCGCUUUACGAGCCAAGCGAGGUGAAUGGGGCCUUUCGCGCAAAGCGCGAGACGAGGAUCACCUGACACUCUGUGUCGGCGUCUCGCCCUUCGCGCGAAAUAUAACCCCUCCUGGCUUGGCUCAUAAAGCGCCUGUCAAGGCAGGUGCAUUUCUAUGAGGGUAUCAAUUAGGUGAUAGUGACGUUUGAUUUCUUUCCUCAACGGUUAACUGCGUAUGUGAAAGACAAAACCGUUAUAAAAACGUUUACAUUGCGAAUACUGUAACCAGGGCCACUUAGACAAAGUUCACCGCUCUGAUUACAGGAAAAUAACAAUAGAUUUCGAGAAAGUUGGUUGUGGGCCAAUCAGCAGCUCGUAAAAAGAUAAUAAGUUACUCGAAGCACAACGUUAAAGGUGGUUCCACUGAGUUUUUUAGGGAGUAUACUUCCCCACUUUGAGCAUUUACUACGUCAGCAUACCCAUAUCGAUAUUAAAACAUCGGUAAAAGGUUACCACAGCUGUACUAUAUAAAGAUGAAAUUUUUUUAUGAUCCAUGUUUUAUUGACAUCAUAGUUGCCAUGGCAACGUAAUGACGCCAUCGCGUUUUUUACUUUUCUUUGCAUUUUUUGACACCAGACGUUUUUUCAGAAAUCGCUUAAGGGAGCUUGUACCUCCCUUGGUUGCAUCAAUGAUGGCAAAGUUUGAACAAAUUCGGUGAGAGCGUUUUAGAAAUAUUUUGAAACAAAAAUCUAAGGGUCAUAAAAACAGUGGAGAAACAUGCUAUCGACAUAAUUGACUAAUAUCUAAAGAAAAUGAUGAGGUCUGGAAAUGCAGUUUCAUCUCAUAGUGGUUUGAUUCUAUCUGAAAAUGCGCACCAAAAAAGAGGGGGAUUGCUUCGGCCGAUGACGAGAAGGAAGAAUUAGCCUACGUUCGGCUUCUUUCUUUACCAAUUUUGUAUCUAAUUUAGUUCACGCCUACAAAUUUUACGGUAAUUUAAAAAUCGCUUAAUAGUUUUUUUAAAAAACUUGACAAUCCCGAGAUUAAUCUUCAAUUUACAUGUACCUUGAGGUUUCAAGGACAUUGAAAACAUGGAAGGCAAUGAGGCUUCAAAUGUCACAAAAUUUUUCCCUCAGGUUUUGUGUUUUCAAGUGAGCGUCCUCAUUAUUCACUGGCAUUGUUUUCAAGUUUCAUAUUCACGUGCACAAACUUGAGCAAAAAAACUAUUUUGCAAUCAAAAGGACCCUUCAAUUACUUCCCGAUCAUAUUGAGGAGUCUUCGCACUAAUGAAAAUAAGGUGAAUGAUAACUUGUAUUGCAGAACGGAAACAUAAAUGCAAAAUCUAUUGCAUAGCGAUUUACUUCUGCGUUCCACAUGAUGAAAAAGUGACGCUACAGACACUGUCUUCACCAUUUCUGUUGCAUUAGCAUAUUUCGGAGAUUUCUUCCGAAAGAAAUCGAGAGUCAGUCCUUUUCAAUGCAAAUUAGUUUUUUGCUAAAGUUGUGCACGUGUGUAUGAGGGUGUCUGCAAAACCAGGAACAGGCUCGGAACACCCUGGGACAUCCCCGGAACACCCUCAGGACAUUCCGGAAUACUCCGGAAGAACCCCCUAGCUGGCUGGACCUCCCCCGGAACACCCUUAAUAACAAAACCAGAAAAAACCUAAAAUAUCGUAAAUGAAUCAAUAAAUAUGUUUUAUCUGUAACUGGAAAACGGAGAUUGGUCAGAUUGACGAAUUCACGCUACUUAACGACUUCUGAAGAUUUUAAGAAAGUAGUCCGUUGCCUUUAUACGAAUACUUACUAGCCUUGUUGUCUGAAAUAUAGCUGAAAGAGCCGCUGCUGAAGACAAGAAAAAAAAGACCAAAAAUAAAAUAUCUUCUAAAUAAUUAUCUUGCCGAUUUGAUGUCUACCGUGUUGGAGGACUUUCACUUACAAAAUUCAGCUAUUUUGAUUCUUGUCUUGUUUUCUUUUACUUUGAUAUAUUGUCCUUGAUUAAAAUGAAAAAUAUUCUUGGUUUUAGUGUACCAUUUUGACUUUCCAGCUGAUACUUUUUUUCUCUUUCGAGAGAGUAGUUUAUAAAUUGCAUGGAGAUUUCUUUGCUCUCUCGGUAUUUCCCGGAAGGGGGACAUGCACUCUCUUAUUUUGCCUUGACGGUUAUGUGCCCUUGAGCAGCGCAUGGUUUUCAGGGUCUUGGACCGGAAUCCUUUACAAGAAUGUGAAGGUUGGAUAUAAGCUGUCUACGUCUGUGGUACCAUCAUUUUUUUAACAAAAAAAUCCAACUCCACGAUGUUAAUUAGGUUGAGAAAUUACUUAGUUCUGUCAGCGAAACAAAACGAAUCAGGGUCCUAAAACAAGGUCUCUUGUCUUAAGCAGGGUCUGGGUCUGAACGCCUCAGCGCCAAAACUUUACCCAAACUUUCCUUGAGUGCACCCCUCGGGUACGGUCCGCUAUGCUUUUCUUGGUCUGGAGCGCGAUGUCCUGUAGUUCCUCCGUUGGAAUGAAUACUUUUGGUUUAGCUUAACAGUCUAAGCGACUGUUCUGAAGGUUGUUGAGGCAGCUUCCUCAGAUAGAGCACCCUCUCUGUCUUGUUCGGCCGUGAUAUAUGUCUGAGUGUCCUGGCCUUGAGUAUUGCUGACUAGCCACUAGUGAAGCUGUCACGUUGUUAAGAUCCAUAUUUAUCUCAUUUUGAAAAUCAAAAACUCCAUUUGAGAAAUCAAACGCGAUAAAUUUUGGAAAGAUUAGCUGGAAAAUCAAAAUAAAACACUAAAACAAAAAAUAUCUUUCUUUUUAAUUAAAGACAAAAUAUCAAAAUCAAAGCAAGAAAACAAGACAAGAAUCAAAAUAAGUGAAUUUUAUAAGUGACACUCCUCGAACACGGUAGACAUCAAAUUGGGUAGAAGAUAUUUAGUGGAAAUAUUGUAAAUCCCUUAUGGGCCAUCCGCUUGGGUCUCAUUUAACUCUUUUCUUUCUUGUUUCUUGAGCUCACAAACACAAUGCCUGCCUAAUAGCGGAGCUCCCGCGCGCGCAGCGGAGCACCAUGGGUAAGACAAUUUGGUAAACCAUCCAUCCCAGAAAAUUUGGUUAUGACGUAGCGUACGCCCGUCCGUACACACAUUUCAUGUAAGCCGAUGUCAAAUGUCACAAUAGAUCUUGCACAGCUUGACUAGCCUCUUAGUUAUGUAAGCCAUCCGUAUGAGUACGAUUAGAUUGACAGCUGUCAAAAUCAGACAUCCGCUGACAAUUAUCACAUGACCGUCUCGCGGGCUCAGAUAAAAGACCAGUCGUUUUGCCCCUAUAUAUAAGCUGAUAUAAUAUGUCACACUUACCAAUUCAACAUAAAAACGAAACUACGCCGAGCAAGGCUGUCAGUUGGCUGACAGUCGUUUAAAGUUACAUUGGCAGGCCAAAUUAACAGCUGUCAAAAUGGGACAUGUGCAGACCGCUAUCAGAAAACUAAUAACGAGGGCUCAGGUUCGCUCAGGUACACGAUCUGGCAUUUUCCACUACAUGGCGGACGGAAAUGUCCUACUCACACUCGUAGUCUGUUAAUUCGAAUAUUCGUCAUUCUAAUGAAGGUUAAUUGACAGCUGUCAAACUAGAGUAUACGCUGACCAUCAUCACCUGAGUGGAUCGCGGGCUCAUUUUUCUAUCUAUUGAGGUCACGUAGUGUUUAAAGUUUUGCGCUGAUAUUUUAUUUGAUCACGGGCUCAAUUCGAAGCCCGAUAGCUUUAUAGAAAAUCUAUCAAUCCUAGAAAAUUCGGCAAUCACGUGACCGUACACCGACCACCCGACCCUCCGUCCGUCCGCACCACAGGCAUACCAAUGUUUAAUCUCACACUUUCUAGCUAGUUUGGGAGCCUGCAACCUGAUAUUGUACAUCCAUGUUUUGAUUAAUUGACAGCUGUCAAAACAGUGUUUCCGCUGACCAGUAUUGCCUGAACGUAUCGCGGGCUCAGGUAUCGACCCUCUGAGUUCGAGUAAUAUUUUGAAGGUAUUCGCUGACAAGUCGCUACUUUUCAAAUGAUUGCAGGCUCAAGUUCAAUUUUUUUAAAAUGCAUAUGAAAUAAGUCGUGUUUCAUGAGCCGCAUUUUUAAAAUGUUGAUUUCGAACUGAUCUCGGACACGAAAAUUCAACCGGCUUUUACAUUUACAUGCAGGGAAGGCAAUCGCUUUUGACUUUUCUCACUGUCACGCGUUGAUCACGCUCUACGUCCAAUUUUACUGUUCUGAUUGGUCAAAAUUUGACAGGUGAGUUUAUGCGGAAAAUUUUUGCAGCGUCUGGAAACUUGCUUACUGAUAGCUGGAGCUGAGAGAGUUCUGUGUCAUCUUGUGAUGUUUUAAACUGUCUUUUUCUACUUGGUGUACAAAAUGAAAUAUAGCUGCUAUCAAGAUUGUUCUGUAAUUCGUGGCUGGUUUGUUUAUUGCGCUUUUUGUUGACAAAAGCACCGCUUGUCAAAGUCAUUGGAAAUCCGAUUUCGGAUGGCAUCGUUUUCAAAAAUGAGCUUACUCACUUGCCUUUGCUUGAGGCGUAAGAAGGUUGAAAAGUCUCAAGCGAUUCUGGAACACUUGAUGACCUUCAGAAGCAGCAUCUCGACUGGUAAGCUUGAGCCAUUAUUGUUUUUGAUUUUUUUUUUUCGGUUUCCAGAAGUCGAGCGUAUGGUUUAUGCGGCUUAAGUUAAAACACGAGCAAUGAUCUAGCUACAAUAGUAUCAGGUUUAAAAAGCCUUUAGACAUUUUUUGACCCGCAAAUUCAAAGAAAAGGUUCCGAAGAUUAUUUAGUUAUGAUUUUGGCUGUAAACAGAAAGCUCUGAGCGAUUUUCUUGCCUCGAGUUCAUCUUGAAAAAGAGCGAACACCGGGAAGCCCGCUUAAAUAAGCUUAUGCUUGCCUGACUCAUGAUUUUCUGAGACACUUUACUCUCAAUACUUCUCUUCGUGAAUGAAAAUUAUUGCCUCUGUACAUGUUUCACCGAAUUAAACUUAUUUUAUUGAUUUUUAGUAGUCCCUCUCGCAAUUUUCAUCGCUGCACCGGUUGUUUCCAGUCGAACAUAAACAUCGCAUGUAGGAAUACUCAAAACGCCGCGCGUAAAUAUCACUCGCUUUUAAAGAUUACACAACAAAAUCAUACACAGUUUAAUGAAUAAAGGGAAAUAAAACCUAAACAUAACAAUUUCUCUAUCAUGUUGAAGCGUAAAUGGUAACUCUAUUAAUCGCACUGCAAAUUUGGUGCCUGUUAAAAGUGAGAACCCCUUCCGGCUGGCCGAAAAGUGAUUUUGGAAAUUUUUUUUUUAUCGUUUUCAUUAAAAGCCCAUAAUUAUUACCCCGCAUAUCACAUAGGACCAGAUUUUUCUAACAGAAAACGUUUUAUAAUUCAAAGCUAUAAUUUGUUGUGCAAAGGAAGCGCGUGCUUUGAUCGUCGUGGAUAUUGAAUGAGUGCAAAUUUUCUUGCAAAAUUGUGAAAAACUGCAGAAUUAUAAGUUUAAAUAGGGCAAAAAGAACAAAUUCUGUCUGAGGUCUGUGUACUGUUUACCUGAGACGUGAUGCGAAAAAGUAUGUUUAAAAGGCUGGUUUACACGCCACCAGAUUCGUCGCCAAGAUUUACUAGUAAGCUAAACUUGUCGAACACAAAAAAUCCGGCCUGAGUUUUAUUUUGGCCUUUCUUUUAGACAGAGGAAUGCAACGUGUAAAUUGGCUGCCACCAAGGACUAUCGUGGCGCAUGUGUUUCUUAAAAUUAUAUUUCGCGGUUGUCCAAUUAUCCAUAGUCUCUCUAACGGAGCAAUGUUGGAGAGACUGGUGAAUGCCACAUUAUGAUGCUACAGCUAAUGCAAAUACAAUACACGAAUACGUCUAUUUGUUUUCCAGGCCUGAUCUACAGUGAUCGAACAUGAUUGCUAUUUUUCGGUGUAAAAAUACCUUGAUGUAAAAUUUGUUUCACUCUUGGACGGUCGAAUUCUGAUUUUUCUCUAAAAUCACUUAGCCUUUGCCAAAAGUCAAAUGAAUGUGCCCUGAUCUGUGGAUUACAAGUUUAUUGUUUGAUUUAAAUUAUGAAUUUAUUAACGGGAGCUUCGCUUUUAGCCCUGGCUAAAUCUAUAUAUUAUAGAAAGAAAAUAUGACGUGAUCAAAUGAAAGACGACUGCGAGCAGUGCAGCUACUAUUGUGGUUGCUUUGAACAAACUUAUGGGGAUUUGCUUUUGUGAAGAUGUUGAGUUAAAAACAACGCAAACUUCCCCUGUACCUCGUUUUAUUUUUAGUUUUGCCCUUGAAAAUCUUUUGUUAUAACAGAAUCAACCCUGUAACAAGCUAUAAUAAGAAGACUAGCAAUUGAACAAAGAGGUUUUAGAAAUUACCACAAAUACAGCCGGGAUAAUUUGUUCAUCUAAUUUUUAUUGCAGUGUUACUCUGCCGAAGUUCUGUUUGACUCCUUCUCCAUUGAGUCAAACAGAUUGAACCAAACUUCUUUUGAAAGGAUAUGCCCAGCAAUAGUACAACAAAUUGAAAGUAAAUCAUGUGAAAGUGGAAAGGAGGACAGCGGUGAUGAAAGUGAAAGUAAAGCCAAAGGUAAGCACUUACAUGUACCUUAAAUAACUCGCUAAGGUAUUUGAGCUCGUUAAUUAUGGGAAAUAAUUAAAACUGCUGCAGCAUCUCACCAGAAAAAUGACAAUUAAACUACACCAACCACAGCAGAAUGCUAUGAUAUAGACAGCACUGCUUUUUAAAGCAGUGUCAUUCUGCUGCGAUUGGUGUAGUUUAAUUGUCACUGAACCCAUAACCCGCCGGAGAAGACUGGCGGAGAGCAAUAAAAACAAUUUGAUCCACAACUCAGGUGAGGACACUGUAAAACUAUCCGGCAUUCUCUUUACUAUAAAUGUCAGAAAAAAGAGACCAAAAUUUCUUUUUUCCUACCUUUUUUCCUUGUGACCAUAUCCAAUGUAACUUGUGAGCAAACUCAAUGCAUCCCGCGCACUAUAAUCAAGUCAAUAAAAAACUGUAACUAUUAUCGGCAAUGUCAGUAUCCAUUUAUUAUUCUUACUGAAAUUAUUGUUAUUAUUAUUAUAUUUAUUUCUAGAUCAUAAUUAUGAUUAUAAUUUACAUUUUUAUCCUUAGUCUAACAUAAAUGUAAUGACAAUCGGAGCUUAAAGUUUUCAGUAAUUCACAUAGGUCACAUUCAGUCAUUUUAUAACUUACAAGUUCUGCUCAUCAAAACCACAGGAAUAGAGGAACAGUGUGAAGACAUUCAAAUGUUUAUACAAGCGUUCACUGGGUUAAACAUUAAUCAAGCUAAAACCUCAACUCUGUUUCUAACAAAUCCUGAUUACAUCCUUAAAUUGCUUUUGGUGACUGCUUUCUUUUGUUGAUGCUUUUUUUUUCCUGUUUUAGCUUGGGGAUUUGGUUUUUUGUCUGUGACCAUCAUUAGCUCUGCAUCUCUACUGGGAGCUUUUAUAGUGCCGUUUAUGAACAAAUCAUUUUACAAGAUUCUCCUGCUGUUUAUGGUGUCUCUUGCUGUUGGUGUGUUGAGUGGUAGUGGAAUCAUUCAUCUCAUCCCUCAUGUAAGUUCCAUGAAAUAAAUGAAAACAUUAUUUUUGCUACCUUUUCUUUUUUCAAAUCUCUUCGUAAAUCUCCUGUGGUUAUGGUGCGCUUUACCCAAUCAUUCAGGUAAAUGUGGCUUUCAAACCUUUCAGAAGGUGAAAUGCAGUCCAUGUUUUUCCAGACUCUAUUUUCAAGAUAUGUUUUACCAUUUUUGGCAGACGUUUCUUGCGUCUCUCUCCACUGGAAGGGACUAUUGUUUCGUUAAACAACAAGCCUGAUCAAAAAAAAGAAAAAAAUAGGUGUACCUGCUGGGUCCAUUUAUGGCACAUCGAGGCUGGUUGUGUUUUUGUGGGGAUGGAGGGGGAUAGGGGGAAAUACAAGAUCGUUCCCAGGUUUCAGAUCUCCAAAGGCGCCUGUCUCCACGCUGUAAUCCACAAACUGAGAAACUGACAUCUGAAAUCAUUAAAGCUGAAAAUCCUAUUCAACCACAUUCUAGGUAACAUCACUUUCUCUUUUUAUUCUUCCUCUUCAGUUUCCUCACUACGUGACCGGAACAGUAUCCUCAUGAACAAUUAAUUUCCGGUACUUUGUUUAAAGGACAAAUUGAAUAACUGGACUUCUCCUGGCAAUUUCAAGACGUUUUGAAAUACCCUGUUACAUGUAAUUUUCGCGACAUGUUUAGGUCGCGAUUUUCAUGUGCGCAUAUUUCGCGACACUUAAAUUUCGCGAUUUUGCGAAAAUUUCGUAUUUUGAAUCACUUUAAUUUCUCGUUUUUGAGUACAACAAUUAACAUUUCAUAAGCAGUUUCGUUUAAUACGUCUUUGAAGUAAAUAAAAUGACUUUAUCAAAGGUACAAUAAGGUCAAAAUUAAGAGAAACGCAACAAAAGGAAUAAAUGUCACCAGUAACAACAAAGCAGUCGCAAUGUCCACAAAACGUUUCAUGCUUGUACGUGAAUUAUUGUUCUUGAGUCAAUUGACCACAACACCCAUUUACACUGACAAUUCCUCAGAAAAGUAAAAAAUGUGAUUUUGUAAACGUUUCAGUGGUAAAAAACUCUAUGGACAUAAUGGACAUAAUGUGAGUCACUUGAUUUUCGCGCCAUGUUACGUUCGCGACACUUAUUGUUCGCGUCACUUAAAUUUCGCGAUUUUUUUUUGUAUGGCGAGAUUCGCGAAAUUAAAGCGUCGCGAAAAUUUCAUGUAAUAAGGUACCCGUGAAAUACCUUCAAAAGAAUUUGCAGCCUUAUACAUAAAAAUUGUGACUAAAUAUUAGCAGAUGCAGAUCUUGAAACAUACGCACGUUUAACGUGCACGAGCUAUUUUGAAUGCUUCAGUGUAACUGUACCAAGAAUCUACCUUUUUUGUGCGAAAUUGGGUAUGCUGUACAUGAAUGAAAACUCGAAACGCUCAGCUGAGUCGGUGCUCAUGCUAUAUGUUCCCUCUUCUCUAUCUUUCCUUCAGACAUCUGGUGCAAAUUAAACAAAUUGUUCAAGUGCAAUGAAUAUCAACUCACAAAACGCUGCUUCGAAGGGAAAGUCGAAGGUUUCCUCGGAGUUUCUUUAGACAACGUCGCUCAUCGAAGACCGAAUAGUUAAGAAAUACCACGAUUUUUAUCCUUGUGGUAGAUGGUUGCGUCUUCAUGAUGCACGAGGUUUUCACGUGCGAUUACACUCAAUGCAACAGUCUCUAACUUUGACUACUUAAAUUUUCAUGUUUUAAAAGCUAUUGCUUCUUUUAAAAUAGACAAGAUCCUAUACUUACGGUAUUGGUUACAACACUAAACAGGUCCUCAUCCGUUCAAGUUACAAUUAUUACUGUGAACAGCCAAUCUACAUGAGAUGAAGGGCGCGAUCCAUUCAACCAACAUUCAGACCGGUCCGACCGGGAAAAGUGGUCCACCUCAAAAUGUGCACCAGUUUUUUCGAAACUUUUCCGGUGGGACCGAACCGAUCUAUGGAGUUUUGGACCGAAAUUUCCGGAAAUUUUGAUUAAAUGGAUCGCGCCCGCACGGUCACACAGCUGGCACGUGGAAGUGUUGGACUUUGCCCCUUUUCGUGGUUGGUACGUAAGGGAAUUCGAGUUAUUACACAAUAAUCUAGUAAGCAGGGUUAUAAAAAUAGCUCAUACACACAAUUUGCACGUGAAGAUGUUGGACUUUGGCCUCUUUUACAAUUAGUGCGUGAAAGAACGCAGAUUGUUUACAAGAUUAACUUGCUCAAGCGAUUUUACGAAAUCACCCCCUUUUCGAACAUCUGCAAUAAAAUUAUGCAUCAUUUCAUGUUAAGAUUGUUGCCCUAACAUCAUUAUUUACUUCCAAGAAAAUUAUCAAACUGUCGAAAUGCUGAUUUCUACUCCUGUCAUGUUAUUCCACUUAAUGAAUAAAAUUCUCAUUAUUUUGUCAACUGGCUACUUCCAAGUUUGUUCGCUAACGCUAUUGUUUCAACGAUAGUUACGCAUCUUUACGAAGUCCGACUACUACAGUACAGUUGACAGUACAGCUGCCCCCACUCUGUAUAUGGUCGGUCAAUAGUAUUCUUUGUCGCUGCGUAGGAACAACAAUGUAAAUACAUCUACCUGAAAAAAAAAAUGUUAUUUCCUACACUACACAUAGCAGAAGAGCUAUUCCCUUAUUUUUCAAAAUUACCUAUUUCCAUGAAUACCAAAAACCAAUCUUGGCAUCUGCAUAAUGACAUACAUAAGAGUGAUUGUUAUAUCGCUGGAAAUUUCUUCCCAACAGCGCGCGCUCUCAUUGGUUACUUUGUUACAUGACAUCUAACAAUGAAACUGUUUCCCGCCAAAAUCUCCUAGCGGUCAACAUUACAAAAUCUAUGACGUCAGAGGGUAACAGUCCAUUGUUCCGGCGAAUGUUGACCGUCGACUGCCGUUAUAGCGAGAUUAAAUGGAUUUCCAGCUUCAAAAUUUCCAACUACAUGACUGUAUAUAACAAUCUCAAAGCUGAGUUUCUCGGGAAAAAGACCAGUCAUUAAGUGUUUAAUGUUAAUAGGAUUUGAUCGAAUUAUUGUUGAAGUUAUUUUUUCUUCCUCUGACUCCUUCUGUUAGGCAUUUGGUUUUCAUGCUCAUGAUGGAGAACUGGGAUAUUUGUGGAAAUGCCUUGUGAUCAUCGGUGGAAUAUACUCCUUCUUUUUCUUGGAAUAUGUCAUGAGAAUGAUUGUCAGGUUUAAAGAGCAGUCCACAUGUGAUAAUCAUGAUAAAAACGAAAUGGUAAGUGAUCUCAUGAGCAAUUUGUCACUUGCACGAAUUUGUUGAACCUCUACUUUUCGUAGGCAUUAAAGACGAUAGUAGAUUGUAAGCUGUACCUCAUUCUCUCUUGUUGUAAGACAUUGCAGUAAGAUUUUCAACACCACUUAAAGAUCGAUAUUCUGAUAGCUAUGAAUCAAUAAUACUAUCUAAUUAAUAUACAUGUAUAACAAUUAUUCACUGAAGUGGAGGUGCCUAGUGGUGGAUAUUCAGUGAUAUUUAGCGAGCCGAGAGAUAAAUAUCCACCCAACCAUCGGGUAAUUGUUUUAGCGAAAACAGUGAGAUAAUUGAGCACAAAAAUGAUGAUUUUUGACCCAUUUACUGCUACCAACGAUCAAAAUUUUGGCGCAGAAUUGAUCAAACGGUCGACGCGUUUUCUUCCCGACAAAUAAAACGUUUGAAUUUGUUUAGCUCUUGCGGGGAAAUUUCUUCUGUUUGUAUUUAAAACCAUUCUGUAAAAAAAUAACUAUUAGAUUUAGUUUUCAGCUUAUUUAUGAAAAUGUCUGCUUGAGAAAUGAAGUAAGGCAAGACUUAAUUUGCAUUUGUAGACAAAGCACUCUUUCACCGGUUUCAUCGAUAAAUUCAAGUCAAACAGACAAAUCCUUACCUGUUAAAACUUCCAAACAGAAUUUCGUCACCUUUCUUCGUGUUUUGGAAACAGCUUUUUUGAUUAUUCGUGAAAAAUCGUUAAGGUUGUUACGGCAGCAAACUCGGGAAGCCAUUUUGCUCGUACAUGAACUUACGCGAUUUUGACGCCGCUCGCUCGGAGGAUCAGGAGGUGAAUAGCACUGGAUAUCCCGAGUUUAAGCAGACAAUCAGAGCGCGCGAAAAACACUACUCACUGUUUAAGUAUAGUAUACUAAAUAAAUUUGGCGCGCUUAACUGUGAAGCUUCCGGAGAAAAAUAACAAACACAAUUUACUUGCUCCUCUUUAAUUUGUGGACAUGCAGGCCAGACCUGAAAACGCUUUUUGAAAGUUUUCGCCAAGAACCGAUUACUUCUGUACAUACUAUUCGGAAAUAAAAUAAACUCGUCGUUUGGUAGGACUUAUUAAAAAUGCAAUACUAUUUAGGACGGGACCGUCUAGCAGGCCCGUUCUUCCUAAUGGUAAGACCCUGCGUCACUCCAAAAUAACACAUAAAAGAGAUGCUUAGGAAACUGUUAAAAAAGAAGCCAUUUUCUUUCUUGCUGCUGCGUCGACCUGGCAGUGCACCAAUACUAACCUGUCAAUUGUUUUUACUUAUUGAGAUACUGUAAACUGCUGUUUAUAACCUCCCUCACGUAUAGAGCGUUUUCACACGACGUCAUGGCGGCCAUUUUGGUGUUCCAAAACAAUGAAACGGCGGCUAUGUUGGUGUACUAAAAAAACAUCUGGGAGUUGAAAUCUUUUCUCAUGUAAACGCUUUCUUUUUUCCAAUAAAUUUGCAUAGACGCUGGCCACUCGAGUGAAAACGCUCUAGAAGGCCCCCACCCCCCCCCCAAAAAAAAAAAUAUAGGCCCAUCAUAUGUAUUGACAUGAAUUCGAUUUAAUAUGGCGUUUUGAAGCUCAAAAACGAAUAAAUGUAAGACGUAUUUUGAUAAACACUGCCAUAGCUUGUUUCGAAGCGCUUUUAUAUUCCGGUUAUAUGCCCUCCUAUUAAACCCCUUACGAAGAUCAAUAAACCCAGGGUUAUAAGCUCCAAGGCUCCCAGUUUAUAUGGGGCAGUUUACGGUAAUUUGUAUUCCUUUUUUUUCAAAUAAGGACAAGUCCACGGGUGACAUACCCGCAGCAGGUAUCGCUGAUGUUCAGCUGCAACUGUAUAAAAAGAACCGUGAUCACCAUAGUGCCCUUCAUAAUCAUGGCGCUUCCUUGCCAGAUGUGAAGAUCUGUGGAAAUGGGUCAACGCCAAAUGGUUUUCCAAAUGAGGUAUGCCUAGACAAACAAACAACUAACAUACUUUUUAUAUAAUGAUUAUUUUUAACAACCAUCAAUUCAUUAAUAUGUGGACAAUAGCUAUUGUAGUUUUUUACUCAGCCUUUCGCGUUGCGUGACAACAACAAUUAACAUCAAGCUUUAUUUUGCAGGACCAUACAAGAACUUACAGUAUUGCAAAAGCUAUUUAUAAUUAUGUCUUAAGAAUAAGAACUAAAAUUUCAUCACUGACCAAUUAAACUAAUUUGUUAAUAAUUCGUCGCGAAAGUCAAAGCAAGCAGAAAUAUUUUUCAUGAAUUAUAAAUUAAUAUAGUAAUUAGAUGCGUUCAUCAGUUCAUUGAUCAAAACGUUCACAGGUAACUGGGUAAUAUUUGAAAUCAGAAUCUUAACUUUAUUGUAAAAAUUAUUCCUAAUCAAAGAGCAUUUUGAACAAUUGAAAAGAAAGUGAAUUUUGUCUUCUAUUUGAUUGGAUCCACAAAAAGGGCAAUUCCUAUUAUCUCUAGUAGUUUGAUUGUAUCUACCAAGUUCUAUCAUUAGCAUGUGGUUACUUAUUAGUAGUUUUACCAAUUUCUCUCUCAGCUGUUCCUCUCGUUAAGUCUAGGUAAUUAGAAGUGGUAUGAUCGCUUUUAAAAGAUCUAAAAAAUUCUAGUUUUUGAGAGUGGUGAAGGGUGUUUUGCGUGAAGACACUGAGGUACGGCUCUGUAGAAGACAAAACAAUAGGCAACGUACUACCUCGUACUACCGAAAUAGGUAGACCACGAAUUCAAAAAUACGCGUUACAGUUGAGUUUGGUACCAGACGUUAACGACUUAGGUCAUGUGGAUUUGUUUGUCAGACCAAAAAGGUGAACUCACACGUGGUCACAUUCUUUUCUUAUUGCUGACUUUGUUGUUUGCUCAUCAGAGUGGUCAGAGUUUAUAUAGCGGUAGAGGACUGCAACCGAAACAACUUUCAUCCGCAAGCGAAAAUUUCUCCAUUUUGGUUGACUUAGAACUUGGCCAAUCUUUAGCCUCCCAAGUGCUCAGGAAAGUGACCACGUGAGUUCACAUUUUUGGUUUGAAAAACAAAGCCACAUGACCCAACUCGUUAACGUUUGGCGACAAAAUCAACUGUCAGGCAUAUCUCUGAAUUCCCGGUGUACUUGUUUCGGUAGUAUCAACUCCAAAUUACAUUGUUUGCAAAUCAAACAGACAAGUGCACGAAUUUUUGCAUAUUUGGAAGUACUAAGUCUUAUUUGAGUACUGGUGAUGUACCAGGAAAUCGUUUCCAUCUUAUGAAAAGAAUACAUAAGAAUCUAAAUUUAUUUUUUUAAAAUUACAUUGGGUUCAAGUUAUCAAGAUAGAGAUUCGAAAAUUUGGGAAAAGAGUGGCAGUUGAAAAUACGACUGUAUUAAUUACCAGGAAAGGCAAAUUACUCUUUGUUCGCAAAUUGUUGGGAGAUUGAGGAAUAAAUGAUUUUAUGAUGGUAAAUUAAAUUGUAAUAAUUGUAAUGUUUUUUAAACAAAACACAGGCGUCUUCGCAAAAUAGCAAAAAAUCACACGAGAAGAAGAAAAUUGCUCCUGUUGCAUGGAUGAUCAUUAUUGGUGACGCUCUUCACAACUUUAUCGAUGGGUUGGCAAUUGGUGCUUCAUUUUCCAGUUCAAGAUAUAUCGGUGUCAGUACGUCACUUGCGAUAUUCUGUGAAGAGCUGCCACAUGAACUUGGUAAGUACUAACUUUGAUAGGCUAUGUUCAUACUAUACCGGAUAGAUUUUGCGCCGGCAAUAAAACCAUACGGGAUAGGGCUUCACAAAUAAAAACAGUGAAUUGGGCGCGAUUUCUGUAACGGAGCGAAGCUGCGCCGCGCCGAUCUCGUGAGAAAAGUGGAGAGUCACAUAGCGAAUAGGUGUUCACACUUAAAACUGGAUAGCUUUCUGUGUCGGCACGAAAAGUUAUCUGGUACUCAGUGUGAAUAGUGGAAUUUAGAAAAGUUAUCAAAAGAACUGCGAGCAACAAAGUGUUAAGGUAUAUAAUUACACUUUCAAUGCUUAUUACAAAACAACUGAAAUUUUUGUCCUGAUAUAGAUAGAGGCGAGCUGCAUUCGUAAUUUUUUUUUUGAUUUUACAAAACGUUUUUGAAACGCUCCCCAGGUGACUUUGCAGUUCUUCUGAAUGCUGGUUUGUCAUAUAAAGCCGCAUUGGCCUUCAACUUUUUGUCGGCAUGCACUUGUUAUUUGGGACUUGUCAUUGGAUUGUUGCUAGGUUACACAACGUCCGCUGUCACGUGGAUCUAUGCUCUUGCUGGUGGAUUGUUUGUCUACAUUGCUCUUGUUGAUAUGGUAAGUUGCACCUUAAAACCUAAAGGCCUUCGCAGAAAAUACCAUAAUAUUCAUUAAUGGGAAAGAAAGAAUAGAAUUUGUGUGGAAGAUGAGUUUACGUUUAAAAGCUCGGUAAAGGAUAAGGGUCACCUUUUAUAGAUAUAAUAUACACUUAAUGUCAGAUCCCAAGGGAAACAGUUAGUUUUGUUUUCCCGAGACGAAGUCGAGGGAAACAUCAGGACUCGAGGGAAAACAAAACUAACUGCUUCCCGAGGAAUAAUUGAUGAGAGAUUCUGCAUAAAAGCAAGCAUAAAAUCGAGACAGGAAGAACACCGUCUAGUUUUCGUCAUUAAGUAUGCUUUUUCCUUCAUGCUAUUAGGAUUCAAUUUAAUUAUAUCUUGCCUCAUUACUUGAAAAAAUUCCUUUAACUAAGAGGUACCUUGAAUUGCCUAUACAAAUUCUAUUUGUGAUAAAAGUUAUCUUGCAUGAAACUGGAAAAAACCUGUAAAUAUAGGUUUUCAAGAAUAGUUCCAUCUAAUGGGCACAGCCUCUCUCCCACGUCGGUAAUGGUCGUAAAUAAAAUCUGGGCAUGAAGGAGUAAAAUCAAAGCUCCUGACCAGAUUCUGGACAGGUUUAUCCCAUCAGCAUAGAAUUUUUGAGGACAAAAUGCAAACGCUUCUCUCACAAAACAUCCCUGUCAGCGACGAGCAAUGACAGACAGCUGUUUAGCAGGCUACGUUAUCACUGCUUUGGGAUCAUUAUCAUAAAUUAUCAAACUUUAUCCGCUUCUAACAUUUAUUUCCUGUUUGUUUUAAUGCAGUUACCGGAAGCUUGUGAAAUGUCAGCUAAAAUCGGAGAACGUUCCAUUCGCCGAAACAUCAAGGCCUUUGCACUUCAGAAUUUUGGCAUACUGCUUGGCUUUGCUAUUAUGCUUAUUUUAGCUCUCUACGGAGAGACAAUUUCAGUUAAGUAG